AUCAGAAUCUCUUGCCAUUCUGUGUAUGACUUCUCUAUAGAUUCAUUCCCCUCUAAAUGUUGAGUCGCUGCUAAGCAAUAUCUUGUUCCUUCCUUCUGUCACAGGUGUGGACAUUGUCAGCGUCUCCAGCCAACUUGGAACGAUUUGGGAGAUAAAUACAACAACAUGGAAAAACCAGAGGUCUAUGUUGUUAAAGUGGAUUGUACUGUAGAUAUUCCACUGUGCUCUGAAUUUGGCGUACGGGGAUACCCCACCCUAAAGCUGCUUAAACCAGGACAAGAACCUCUGAAGUACCAAGGCCCUAGGGACUUCCAGGCACUGGAAAACUGGAUGUUGGAGAAACUAAAUGAGGAACCACCUGAUCAGGAAUCUGAUGUGGAACCACCAAAAGCCCCUGAACCUAAGCAGGGAAUGUAUGAACUCUCCACAGACAAUUUCAAGAUGCACAUAGCAGAAGGUAAUCACUUUAUCAAAUUCUUUGCCCCUUGGUGUGGUCACUGCAAGGCUUUGGCCCCAACCUGGGAACAGCUGGCUCAAGCCUUUGAGCAUUCAGAAACUGUCAAGAUUGGCAAGGUCGACUGUACCCAGCAUUAUGAAGUCUGCUCUGAAACCCAAGUUCGUGGUUAUCCCACACUCCUCUGGUUUAGGAAUGGUGAAAAGGGUGACCAGUACAAAGGGAAGAGGGACUUCGAUUCCUUAAAGGAAUAUGUGGAUUCCCAACUACAGAGCUCUGGGAAAGAGCCACCAGUAGAUAAACCUGCUGAAGCCCCACAGCCACCUGCAGAACCCAUCCAUGCUGAGCAGGCUGCAGUGCUCUCUCUCUCUGAAAAAGACUUUGAUGCAACCAUUGCUAGGGGGAUUACGUUUAUUAAAUUCUACGCUCCAUGGUGUGGUCACUGUAAGAACUUGGCUCCAACUUGGGAGAACCUUGCCAAAGAGCAAUUUCCAGGUUUGACUGAUGUCAAAAUAGCAGAAGUAGACUGCACUGUGGAACGUAACGUCUGCAACAGAUUUUCUGUACGUGGUUAUCCUACACUUCUGCUUUUCCGAGGUGGAAAGAAAGUCAGUGAACACAACGGAACGAGAGACCUUGAAUCACUGCAUAGCUUUGUCUUGCGUCAGGCAAGGGAUGAAUUGUAAUAAAAGUCUGGAUGCUCUGUCCCUGGCUGUCUUUGUACAGUACCUGAGGGAUUUCUAUCUUUGCUAAUAUUCAAAUAGUGUAUUGGGGGGGUGGGCAGUGGGGCCUUUUUUUGUUUCUUUGUUUCUAGGAAAUUGAAUGUACUAAACUUUGGUAUCUUCCCCUUGUGUGUGUGUUAAAGACAUGCUACCUUAUGUGUGAGGGAAAACUAA